AUGGAUGGCUCUGUGACGGGUACAAAUGGGCAAAGUAAAGAGUCAGAGGCCAAAAACAACGCGAACAGCACAAGCGUCCGCAAGAUGACUGAAACGAAAGUCCCUGCGACGGAAAGUGAUUCAAAUAAUGGGGAUGGAUCAGUGAAUCAUUCAUCUUUCCCAUCAACAACCACUCAAAUCUCUUCUUCAUCGGGGAGAAGUCGACGAAAAGCCCCGCCCAAAAAAGUCAUCCUUGAUGAGGAAUUCUAUGAGAAUUCCCUCAAAAUCUCAGAUGGGAUGUCCGAACCCCAAUCGAGUCUCCCUACACACACUGCCACCGGGCACACAACCACUAGCGACACUUCAAGCGAAGCAACGCCAGAGGUGACAUCCGAAGAACUAUUGCUGCGAUUGCAAACGGCACUCGGCGGUAAUAUCGAUGUACAACAGCUAUUGGCGCAAAUGAUCAACACCGGUCCACUUGGAAUGCCCCCAUUUACUUCAUUUGUGCAACCAAAGACUGAAACCGAUGAACACUUGUUAGCCGUUUUGCAGAAUCAAAUCGCGAACACAGCAGCUCAGCAACAAAUCUUAGCUUUAACAUCAGCAGUCCCUUUCAAUCCAUCCACGCCGAUCGAGACGUCCUUCACCGCGUCCACAUCAAAAUUAACUCACUCGGAAUCUCCAUCAACCUCAACUCGACCGGCUUCUCAACCGCAGAGAGCUCAAAAAAGGAAACUCUUCGAAUCGGUUCAGGGAUCAUCAACGGGUGGAAGUGGUGCGUCGAGCUCUUCGGGCACUCUUCGCGGUUCUUCCCUUGAGGGAAUGAGUCGUGAUGAGAGGAUUGAAAUCGAGGAUUUGGAACAGUUUGCGGCACUCUUCAAGAAACAAAGGAUCAAAUUUGGUUUCACUCAAGGUGAUGUCGGUCAAGCUUUGGGUAAAAGAUAUGGAACCGAUUUCUCACAAACAACAAUCAGUCGAUUUGAAGCGAUGAAUCUAUCAUUCAAGAACAUGUGUAAAUUGAGGCCAUUACUAAAAGAAUGGUUGACAGACGCGGAAAGAGCAAUUGCUAAUGGAGCUUCGGUAUCGGAGCUCAUCGAUCCAGUGCCAUCUCCAUCAUCAAAUCUUCCUCUUUCAUCUCUUCAGAAUCGAGACGAUGAGGGAGAAACGUCAGCCUCAGUUUCACCUCUACUUUCACCCAGCACUUCUGGCACAUCUCCGUUAAAAAAACGCCGAAAACGAACGAAUCUUGACCUACAACAGAGACAAGUUUUGGAUAUUGUUUUCAAAAUGAAUCCCCGUCCUAGUCACGAACAUAUGGCUGAGCUAGCUGAUCAGUUGAAGUUGGAAAGAGAUGUGGUGCGCGUUUGGUUCUGCAAUCGGCGUCAGAAAAUGCGAAAAGUGGAUGAUGUGCCUGGAGGAUUCGAUCCAUCAAUGAUUCAAUCACUAUUUUCAAGCGUAAACCAAUCGGCGAUAUCACCAAAAAGAGAGGGAUCAGAAUCGCCGGGUUUAGAGAUCGAUGAAGCUGAUGAUGGU